AUGGAGAUGAUGCUAACAGUGUUUUUGAUGCGCCAUCGGGAAAGUACGAUGCUGAGGAUCCGUAGGAGACUACGAGAUGCCUCAGAUCCAUUUUCAACGCCAGAAAACGAAUUUACAAGUAUUUAUAGCAGAUUAUCCAGAGAAGCGGUCUGGAUGCUUAUUGAAGAACUGCGUCCUCUACUGCCUGUUCCAAAAAGACGCCAUGCAGUUCCUGUGGAAUUACAAGUACUAUGUGCGUUAAAUUUUAUAGCGGCUGGAUCAUACCAAAAGCGAGUUGGUCAAGACUAUUUGACUUGUAUGAGUCAACCAACAGUGUCCAAGGUUCUUCGCAAUGUCGUUAAUGCAUUAAAUGUAUUAAUGGAUCGAUGGAUCAAGUUUCCUAUUGAAGAUGACGUUCAACGUAUUAAAGAAAGUUACUGGAGACAUACAGAAUUUCCUGGUGUUAUCGGAGCUGUUGAUGGAACACAUAUAGCAAUUGUUCCACCAAGUGCAGGAAGGGAACAUCUGUAUCUGAUUAUGAUUAUUUACAAUCAGUUAAACAGCGUCGUCACGGACUCAUCUCUGGUCGAGUCAAUCGGUCCUCUUUAUGUCAGGCACCAUUUAGAGAUUUACCGAUUGUCAAAAUUAGAAGAUUGA